AUGGCGGGGCUGGGGCUGCGCGGGGCCGGGCGGGCGCUGCUGCCGGGCUGGGCGCUCCCCGCCGCCCCCGGGCCGUGCCCCCGUCGCGGCUGCGGAGAGGCGGCGGCGCUGCGGGCCAUGGGCUUCAGCCAGGAGCAGGCCCGGCGGCUCCUGGCGCUGCAGCCCCGGCUCGGCCCCGAGCACCGCGAGGCGGCGGCGGCGCAGCUCCUGCUGCUCGGGCUGAGCCCCGAGGCCGCCGCGGCGCUGCUGGAGCGGAGCCCGGCGCUGCUGCGGCUGCCCACGGAGCGACUCCGGGAGCGCGCCGAGGAGCUGCGGCGCCUGGGGCUGGACGGAGGCCGGCUGCAGAGGGCGGUGAGCCGCUGUCCCCAGCUUUUCCACGUGCCCCGGAGGAGGCUGGAGGCGGCGGUGCGGCUGCUGCGGGAGCGCUGCCUUUUCACGGCGGGGCAGCUGAGGGAAGUGCUGGAGACCUGCCCCACCGUCCUGCUGGAGGAGCAUCGCACCCUCCAUCACCAGUUCCAGUACGCCUACUUCAGAAUGGGGGUCCGGCAGAAGGCCAUGGUGCAGGCUCGGCUCUUCCAAAUGCCCUUUGCCGAGCUCCGAAAUCGCCACAUCUUCCUGGAGCGCCGGGGGCUCUACGAGACCCCACACAAAGGGCAGACCCAAACUAGCAACCCAAAACUGAAGGACAUCCUUCAGCUCCCAGAGAAAGACUUCCUGGCCAGUCUGGCCUGCGCUACCCCAGAGGAGUAUGAGGUCUUCAAGAAGCUGCUGGCUCGAGAGGAGGAGGAGAAGGAAGAGGAGAAGGAAGAGGAGGAUGUGGAGGCACUGUACGCAGAGGAUGAUGAUGAUUUUGACAGUGAUGAAAGUAAAACAGCCCGGGAGUGAGGAGGGGAGGGCUCUGAGGUACCCAAGCCCUCCCCUGCUGCUGCACCCUGGGGGCUUUAGGCUCCCACCUCACACCAGCACAAGCCCCAUGAGUGGGGUAUCAAUAAAUCCCAUCUGUCAAAUACAA